AUGUCUUACUACGGCAACGAGUAUGAUUACGAGUAUGCCCGCCAAUCUGAGCUGGAGCGCGAGUACGAGUACGAGCGUGCUCUUCGAGCCGACCGCAAGUACUACGAGCAAGUCCAUCGGAACGAGGUCGAUAACCAUCGCGCUGAUAUGCGCCGUCGUGAGGAGUAUGCGCACAAGUACACCAAGGCUGCUUGGAUGGAGGAGCAAAGAGACAGAGUCGCAAAGAUCAACCCCGACUGCUUCUACCGAGGCGGUGAUCGAUUUCAUAAUCAUCUGAACGAUGAACUCGAAGACGCUUAUCGGCUGGGUAUGGCUUACAACCCAGAGCCAAGUCGUCGACCACGCAGUUCUAGUCCACGUCGUGCUGCGCCUGCUCGCCGCAAUGCAUCUGCCACUCGUAGCGGGUAUCCUCCAUUCAACAAGACUGCCUCUCGCUAUGAUCCUGCUUCUCGUGAUGAGUCCGGCGCACGUGGUAGAUAUCCUCCACUCUACAAGCCUGCCAGUCGCCAUGAUCCAGCUUCUGUCCACGACACUGCUCUGCCUAUCGCCUACUACGAGUCUUCCUCGGAGUCGGACUCAUCUUCCAGCAGUGAGGAGGAUCUCACCAAAUAUAACGAUGACUACUCCAAGGGCUGCAAGGGCACAUGCUACAUGCCUCUAAAUGGUGCUUCCAAGCCACCAGAGAAGCCUUUCAUUGAGGCUCGGAAUCACUUCAAGGGUCGUUGUACCAUGAAGAAGAAUUUCACCGACGAGAAGCAAUAUACUGAUUACAAUCAGUACUGGGAGGAUGAAGCCAUGGCUAUCGCCACUGACCCAAAGAACCUCAACUGGGGUGAUGCUCUGGGCGAUUGGAAAAACGAGUAUACCGAGUACGGCGAGGAUUGGGAGAAGGAGGCUACGGAGAAGGCUAUGAAGAGUAAGGGCGAUGAGGACUGGGACAAGGGGACGGAUGUUUGGGAUGGAGAGGAGGAAAAUUAG